AAACAGAGAAAAUUUUCUCAAAAGAAUCGGUAUUUCUCUCGAGAGUUCAGUUAAGCUAAGAAAUUAUAUUAAAAAAAUAAUAAAAUAUUGGUUCUCAUUUGGCACACAUCAGUUGUGAGUUAUUACACACUUCCCCCAUCCCAAUGCCCAAUCCGCACCGUUAUCAGCAAUCAGCACCACCUUUCUUUCUCUCUUCUCUUUUACUUCUCUUCCCAGUUCUGCACUCAAUAGCACCGCCAUGAGGAAGAAGAAAGCCACCUACAACUCCAAAACCACAAAGCUCAAAACUUUACCCAUUUUCCUAUGUGGCUUCCACUUCCUCUCCUUAAUCCUCUUCACCCACUCACAACCCGCCUCCCCAGACGCACAAGCAAUGCUAGCACUCAAACAUGCACUAAACCCACCCGAAUCACUUGGCUGGUCCGACCCGAACCCAUGCAAAUGGAGUCGCGUCUUCUGCUCCGAUUCCAACCGGGUCACCCGGAUCCAAAUCGGACGCCAAGGACUUGCUGGCACAAUUCCCAACAACACCCUCCAAACCCUGACCCAGUUGGAGCGCCUUGAGCUUCAGUUCAACAACAUUUCGGGUCCACUACCGGACCUAUCCGGGUUGGGUUCGCUUCAAGUCCUUAUUCUAAGUAACAAUGGCUUCACUUCCAUUCCUGCAGGUUUCUUCGCCGGAAUGUCACAGCUUCAGGCAGUGGAGAUCGACGACAACCCUUUUCAGGCGUGGCAGCUUCCUCUGUCUCUGCAGAACGCUUCGGCGCUUCAGAACUUCUCAGCGAAUAGCGCUAACAUAGUUGGAAAAAUCCCAGAUUUUUUCAACUCUGACGUGUUUCCCGGGUUGAGCCAUUUGCAUUUAGCGAUAAACGGCAUCGAGGGUACGUUGCCUUCGGGGUUUUCCAGUUUGGAACUUCAGAGUCUGUGGCUGAACGGGCAAAAGGGUGAUGCGAAGCUUGGUGGGGACGUUGAUGUUUUGCAGAACAUGACGUCACUGACGCAGGUUUGGUUGCACCAGAACUCGUUUUCUGGGCCUUUGCCCGAUUUUUCUGGCUUCCAAAACUUGGAAGAUUUGAGCUUGAGGGAUAACUCUUUCACGGGUCCUGUCCCUCCCUCUCUGCAGAGCCUAAAGUCGCUUAAAGUCGUGAACUUGACUAAUAACUUGUUGCAGGGUCCAGUUCCUGUGUUUGGUUCUGGUGUUGUAGUUGAUAUGAGUGGUUUGAACAGUUUCUGUUUGACUAAACCCGGUAAUUGUGAUUCCAGAGUGAAUGCUCUACUUUCUAUUGUUAGGUCUAUGGGUUAUCCCCAAAGGUUUGCUGAGAAUUGGAAAGGGAAUGAUCCUUGUAGUGAUUGGAUUGGGAUUACUUGUAGUAAUGGGAACAUUUCAGUUAUUAAUUUUCAGAAGAUGGGGCUUAACGGCACGAUAUCGCCCGAUUUCGCAUCACUCAAGUCACUGCAAAGGUUGGUUCUUGCUGAUAAUAACCUUACUGGUCCAAUCCCUGAGGAGCUAGCUGCUCUUCCUGUUCUUACUCAGCUGAAUGUUGCAAACAAUCAGCUUUAUGGGAAUGUUCCAAAGUUUAAGAGCAGUGUAGCUGUUACCAUAAGUGGUAACAAGGAUAUAGGGAAGGAUAAGCCUAGCCCGUCCCCUCCAGGUUCGUCUCCAAAUUCGACUGCUCCAAACACAAUAGAAGGGAAUGGUGGCAAAAAGAAGUCUUCGCAUGUACUAGUGAUUGUUAUUGCUGUGGUUGGAGGUGUAUUGUUGAUUGCUUUGAUUGCUUUAUUGGCUUUCUGCUUGUAUAGGAUGAAGCAGAAACGGCUGAGCAAGGUGCAGAGUCCGCGGGAGCUAGUUGUCCACCCUCGUCAUUCUGGGUCGGACAAUGAAAGUGUGAAGAUAACUGUUGCGGGUUCAAGUGUCAGUGUUGGUAAUGUUAGUGAAUCGCAAACUGUACCUGGCAGCGAAGGAGGGGAUAUCCAGAUGGUCGAAGCGGGAAAUAUGGUCAUUUCUAUACAAGUCCUGAGGAAUGUCACUAACAAUUUCAGUGAGCAAAAUAUAUUGGGGCAAGGAGGUUUUGGAACAGUUUAUAAAGGUGAAUUACAUGAUGGCACAAAAAUUGCAGUGAAAAGAAUGGAGAUCGGAGCAAUAUCCGGUAAGGGAGCGGCAGAAUUUAAGUCUGAAAUUGCUGUUUUGACUAAGGUUCGCCACCGGCAUCUUGUCUCGCUUCUUGGCUACUGCUUGGAUGGGAAUGAGAAGCUUCUUGUGUAUGAGUACAUGCCUCAGGGGACGUUAAGUAGGCAUCUUUUUAGUUGGUUAGAAGAAGGACUAAAGCCGUUGGAGUGGAAUAGAAGAUUAACCAUUGCAUUGGAUGUGGCAAGGGCUGUCGAGUAUCUUCAUAGCUUGGCCCAUCAAAGCUUCAUACAUAGGGACUUAAAGCCUUCAAACAUUCUCCUUGGAGAUGAUAUGAGGGCGAAGGUUGCAGAUUUCGGUCUUGUGCGACUUGCUCCAGAAGGCAAGGCUUCAAUAGAAACAAGAAUUGCAGGAACUUUUGGGUAUUUGGCUCCAGAAUAUGCAGUUACCGGCCGAGUCACAACCAAGGUUGAUGUGUUCAGCUUUGGUGUGAUAUUGAUGGAACUAUUAACCGGAAGAAGAGCACUUGACGAGACCCAGCCGGAGGAUAGCGUGCACCUCGUUACAUGGUUCCGCAGAAUGUACAUAAACAAGGACACAUUCCGAAAGGCCAUUGACCCCACAAUCGAGCUUGAUGAGGAAACGCUGGCUAGUGUACACACCGUGGCAGAGCUAGCCGGCCACUGCUGUGCGAGGGAGCCAUAUCAAAGGCCUGACAUGGGUCAUGCUGUCAACGUGCUUGCUUCUCUUGUAGAACUCUGGAAACCAUCUGAUCAGAACCCCGAAGACAUAUACGGCAUUGACCUCGACAUGUCUUUGCCGCAAGCGCUUAAGAAGUGGCAGGCUUACGAAGGUGGAAGCCAAAUGGAGUCGUCGUCUUCUUCGCUCCUACCAAGCUUGGACAACACGCAGACAAGCAUCCCUACCCGUCCUUACGGAUUCGCCGAAUCUUUCACCUCAGCAGAUGGGAGGUGAUUCAGGUUUGGCUGUAAAUAAUGUUAAUUGUGGUUUUGUAGUGUGUAUUUUUGGUUCAUCAUUUUCUUUGCUUCUUGCUGGCUUUUUCUUAUAUGAACAUGUUCCAUCAUGUUUCAUGGUGUAACUGUAGUAACUGUAACUUCUUCCGCGGUAUAUCUUGUACCUCCCCAGCAUUUGUUUAAGGAGUUUUACUGCCAAA